GUCUGCAGCAGAACAAGAGAUCCGCUCAAAUGAGUCACUGAAGUCCGACUCCUCCGACAAAAACACACGUCCGGGGCUUUAUUUUACUCACAAACCUCCUCCGGACUCACCUGGACUCACCUGGACUCACCUGGGCCACGUUAGACGCUUAAAAAGUUCAUUUAAAACGCGUUUCUGCGAGUUUUUGGUGCGUUGUUUUUUGUUUUUUUUUUCUUACAGCGAAGCGUCCGCGAAAACUGGACAUCACUGGAGUUUUUCUGGAGUUUUAAAACCCAAAUGUCGGACUGAAACACGGAAAAAAUCACAAAAGAUGUGGCUGACGUUGGUGUGUGCGUCUGCGGUUCUGCUCCUCAGACCCUCGGCGGCUCAGAAAGCAGAGGGCAGUAUUUGUCUUAAGGCCAAUGCUCAGUCGUGUGGAGAGUGUAUCCAGGUGUCGGAGGCGUGCGGCUGGUGCACGGACGAGAGUUUCCUGAGCGUCGGCGAAGCCAAGUCGACCCGAUGCGACGACCUGCAGUCCCUCGCCCAACGCAAGUGUCCUCCUGAGAAGAUCGAGAACCCGCGAGGGAGCACCAGAGUCGACAAGGACCAACCGGUGACCAACCGCAAGAAGGACUCCACCGAGAAACUGAAGCCCGAGCAGAUCACCCAGAUCCAGCCGCAGAAGCUCACGCUCACCCUCAGAUCUGACAAAACUCAGAUGUUGUUGAAAAGGCACCACCCGGUAACUCGCGUUCACGGCCGGAGGUCAAAACAGGAGGAGGAAACCGAAGGAACCGAAGGAACCGAAGGAACCGAAGGAACCGAAGGAACCGAAGAAACCGAAGAAACCGAAGAAACCGAAGAAACCGAAGAAACCGAAGAGCGCUCGCCCCGACGUGAAGCCACCGAGAGCAGCAUCGACGAGGACGAGGAGGAGGAGUAG